UGGAUUUUCAUUCCGUGGCUGAUCUGAUUCUUCCAAGAUGACUCUGUGCGGAUCCUACAAGUUAUGUACUCCGUAGAUGGACUUGGGAUUCCGGAAUAAGUUCCGCUUCUAAUUUUCACUUACCCACUUAAUUCGACUCCCAUUUGGGGGAUUUUCUUUUUUUCUUUUUUUGAUCGGAAAUCCAGGAGAUUGGCUGGACUGCUUCUAAUGCCACCUUUAGAGAUGCCGAUGAUGGUACUCCGUACCUAGAUAGAUAGAUAGGUAGGUAGGUAGGUAGGUAGGUAGGCAGGUUCCAGUGCGGGGGUGCAGUCCAGCCACUGACUCGUCGGAUAUUCUUGCUCUUUCUCACACUGUGCCUUGGAAUUCAACCUUCAAUAUUCUCUGCUCCCUCCGUAUUCCUUCAUUUUUCUGUGCAAUACUCCUUCUCGUUCUAUAUACUGGGGAAAUGAUUACGGGAUUGGCACACAUCAAUCUCCUGGUCCCUCCGGGCACACUGGACCAGGCGGAUGACUUUUAUAGCCAGACUCUUGGGCUGACAUCUGCCCCAGUCCCACAGUCACAGAAGGGCACACUUCUCUGGUUCGAUAUCGCAGACUCCGGUCAACAAGUGCAUGUCGCGUUGGGGACGAAUGAAUCGCAAUCAUCGCGCCGUCACCCGUGCUUCAAGGUGGAAUCCUUGGAUAAGCUCAUACAAUUGCAACAACGGAUAUGGGAACACUACGAGAAAGGAGGCGCCGCUGCGCCUUUGGAAGCCGAUAAGCCGGGAGUUCAGAAUUCAGGGUCGCAAGGAGUCGAAUAUCCCACUCGAUUCUUUGCUAGGGAUUUUGCUGGAAACCGGUUGGAAUUCAGUCUCUAGAGAUUAUCUUUCCCCGCCCCCACUUGGAAUGCUGUUUCUAGCGUGGCGUAGAUGAGAAUCUGCGGACCAAUAUCAUACUGUAAUCAGCUAGAAAUGGACGUCUUGACAGCUUUUUAGCUGGACGGUAAAGUUGACAGGAUCAUACGGCAAUGCAUUUCUCCAAAGCAAAUCUCUCAUUUCGAUUCAG